AUGUCUGCCAUCCCCACUGCUGCUCCACCUGGUAAAAAGAAACAAAAACUCAUUCCAAGAGCAAUUUUUGACUCGCCAUUCAUUCCGCAGUCAUUGUUAACAACUGCUGGGGAAUCUUCCCCGGUCAUUUGGGACAAAUAUAACAACAAUACCAUUUCUGAAAGCUGGGUUGAAACCAACUUUUCAAAUACAAACAUCAACAAAAAUAUGGUGAUUGGACUUCGGGAAGUGAUGCGUUCAAUUGGUAAAGCGAUUUCGGAGUGUUAUCCAGAUUUUGUUUUGAUCGAAAAGCCCGGAAACGCAGGCAGUGGCAGGCCACAUAGGAUGAUAUAUGAUCAUCUUCUAUUAGUAUGCUAUCUGAGGCAAAUCCCGGUGUUUCUUAUGUCUUCUGGAUCGGCAUCAUUUCUUGCCAAAAUGUACAAUUUGAAGAGGUGUUCCGUUAUUAGCCCAACCGUAAGCCAUGUUACUUACUUUUAA